AUGUCCGACAAAGACAUUCAUUCAAAUAAAUUCAGCGAACUGCGAAGUAUCUACAAAUACUACAUUGAUUCAUAUAAUGCGUUAUAUCAACUGAAAACUGAAAAUGAAGAAGAUUUAAACUCAAUUUACAAACUGAUCAAAACAGAAUUGAUUGAUUCACAGAAAUACCCGCCAACAAAGAUUAUUAUAGAUAUUUUAUGUAUCAUUCCGUAUAACAAUCGCUAUACAAAGUCAUAUUUAUCUCUUGCCAAGCACAUAUCUGAUGAUUACCAUGUCACAGAUGUCAGAAAUGCUGGACCUAUGUCAGACUUCCUGUUUUACAAAGAAUAUGGAAUUAAAUUAGACAAAUUUGAUGAUUUUGAAAAUCUUGAAAUUCAUACAGAAGAUACAAUUUACAGAGCAAUUAUGUAUAAUGACUUAGAAAGAUUCAUUGCAUUCACUGAGAGAUAUGGAUUUGAUAAAGAUCAAACACUUGAAAGCAUAUCAUAUCCACAAUCUCUAUAUGGAUAUUCAUUACUUGAAUUAUGUUGUUACCAUGGAGCAGUUGAUUGUUUCAAGUUCUUAAGAACGAAUUUUCAAUCAAUAAUAACUGAAACAUGUCUUAAAUUUUCAUUUUUAGGAGGAAAUCCAGAAAUCAUGAGCGAAUGUUUGAAACAUCAACACCCGAAUGAAGGAUGCAUGAGAUAUGCAAUUAUUUCACACAACAUAGAUUUUGUUACAUUCUUGAUGAAUGAAUACAAAAUAAAGAUCGACUUACUUGAUUGUGCACAGUAUAAUAAUAUUGAGCCAUUAUUAGUUUAUUUCGAUCAAACUAAUGAUGUUAACAAAUGCUUUAAUAUUUCUGUGAGGUUUAAUAUACCAUCUCUUUGUGAAUAUUUUCUAUCAAAUGGUAUAAAUAUCAAUGCAAAAUAUGAAGGUGGAAAAACUGCUCUUCAUAUUGCAGCAUAUUAUCAUAGUAAAGAAACAGCCGAACUUCUUAUUUCGCAUGGUAUAAAUAUCAAUGAAAAAGAUAAUGAUGGAGAAACCGCUCUUCAUAUUGCAGCAUUUCAUAAUAGUAAAGAAAUAGCUGAACUUCUUAUUUCACAUGGUAUAAAUAUCAAUGAAAAAGAUAAUGAUGGAGAAACCGCUCUUCAUAUUGCAGCAUUUCAUAAUAGUAUAGAAACAGCCGAACUUCUUAUUUCACAUGGUAUAAAUAUCAAUGAAAAAGAUAAUGAUGGACAAACCGCUCUUUAUUAUGCAGCAAAAAAUUAUUGCAAAGAAGCCGCCGAACUUCUUAUUUCACAUGGUAUAAACAUCAAUGAAAAAGAUAAUUAUGGUCAAACCGCUCUUCAUAUUGCAGCACGUUGGAAUUUUAAAGAAAUAGCCGAACUUUUUAUUUUACAUGGUAUAAAUAUCAAUGAAAAAGAUAAUAAUGGAGAAACCGCUCUUCAUAUUGCAGAAAGCAAUAAUCGUAAAGAAACAGCCGAACUUCUUAUUUCACCUUGUGCAAAAAUAUAA